AUGCCAGCCCGGUAUGGGCGGUGGGCACCUUCCUUUGCAGUGACGCUAUUUAUAUUGUUCAUUUUGCAUCUAAAUUCCAACUUUGGGGUCAGUAAUACUACUAUUGUAGUUGAGACGGUGACCGUUCAGCAUCCACUCAACACAUCCGACAAUCAGUAUAAGCUCCAAUCUCCAACUCCAUCUCAAAGCCAUGGCCAAAGUCUAAACUACGGUCAAAGACAAGGCCAGAGCCAAGUCGAAAGUCAAAUCCAAAGUCAACCCCAUGAGACUCAAGUUGAGGCUGCUGUCAAGGCUGCCGCUACACCUAGACCAUGCCUCCCACUUCCAGGCAUGGAAGAUAUCUUAGUGGUACUAAAGACAGGCAUCACAGAAUCACAGCAAAAAGUGCCAGUGCACGUACGCACCACACUGCGGUGUGUUCCACACAAGCUGAUAGUAUCGGAUUUUGAAGAGGACAUCGAUGGCAUCCGCACCCACGAUGUCUUCCGCAACACAAGCUCCUCACUACUCGAAAUGCCUGAUUUCGCGCUUUAUAACCGCGCGCGGGCAGGCGGCCGAGCCGGACUAACACAGCAAGACCUAAACAAAGUCCCUAAUGGCCCAUUCGGCAUGGUCGAUAGUCCAGGCUGGAAGUUAGACAAGUGGAAGUUCCUACCAAUGAUCCACGAAGCAAGACGUUUCCGGCCCCAAGCAAAGUGGUACGUCUUCUACGAAGCAGAUACGUAUCCCAUCUGGACGAACCUGCUAGGCUGGCUGGCGCACUUUGACCCUGAUCAAAAGCUUUAUUUGGGCAAUCAGAUGAUGAUUGGUGAUGACCUAUUCGCGCAUGGAGGUUCGGGCAUUGUGAUUUCGCAUGCGGCGUUGCAUGCCGUUGCGGACUGGCAUAUGCGGAACGAGGAACACUGGAAUGGUGUUACGCAAGACCAUUGGGCCGGCGAUUGCUUGCUGGGCAUGGCACUUUCUAAGACUGGGAUUGGGCUGACUUGGUCUGCACCCCAUACUAAUGAGAGGUCUGUCUGGGAGCAGGAUACCCUUGGUGAGACGUACGGGAAGAAUCACUGGUGUGUUCCGCCGUGGACGUUCCAUCAUAUGACACCGGCGGAUGUGGAGUUUAUGUGGGAGUUUGAACAGAACUGGUUCUAUACCGGAAACCACACUCUCCUCUUGCACAGAGAUAUCUUCUACGAUCUAAUCGAACCAUCUAUUACAGACCGUUCCGCAAACUGGGAUAAUCUUGCCGGAGAAGAAGUUCCCAACUCUGGCGAAAGCUCCACAAAAUACGAGUGUGCAGAGCAAUGCGCUCGCACGCCCGAGUGCAUGCAGUAUAAAAUCGACGCGCAUAGCAAAUGUCUAUUAUCUCCCAAAGCCCUUCGUGGCAACUAUGCCGCCGGUGUUGAUUCCGGCUCUAUGAUGUGGAGAGUUGAAGCACGCAUUGCUGAGAGGGGCGAAUGUCUCGAACCACUUUGGUUAACUUGA